AUGGGUAGUGGAACAUGGAGCCUGACGGCUAAGAUCUGCGACUCGUGCAAGGCUGCCCCAUCGACGGUGUUCUGCCGCGCGGACUCCGCCUUCCUCUGCGUUGCGUGUGACGCCAACAUCCACGCCGCCAGCAAGCUCGCGUCCCGCCACGCCCGCGUCUGGGUCUGCGAGGUCUGCGAGCACUCCCCCGCCGCCGUCACCUGCAAGGCCGACGCCGCAGCACUCUGCCCCGCCUGCGACCGCGACAUCCACUCCGCCAAUCCCCUCGCCCGCCGCCACGAACGCCUCCCUCUCGCCCCAUUCUACGACGCCAAUCCCGCCGCCGACGACUUCUUCGAGGAGGAGGAGGCGGAGGCCGCCUCUUGGCUCCUUCUCCCCAACGCCAACGACAAGCCCGAAGAAUCCGGGUCGCCCGAGUACAAGUCCGCCGAGUACCUGUUCGCCGACAAGAACCCCUAUCUGGACAUGGAUCUGAUCGGCGACGAGCCGCGCAAUCGGUACUCUGCCGACGGGGUUGUCCCCGUGCAGAGCAGUAAGGCCGAGUCCGGGCCGGGCCACUACCCAGGGCCGGUUGUGGAUGGGUUCCCCACCUACGAAAUGGAUUCUUCCGUGCCCAAGCCUUUCAUGUACAACUUCACAGCCCAAUCCCUUAGCCAAAGUGUAUCGUCUUCAUCGAUGGAGGUGGGUGUGGUCCCAGAGCAGACGGCCAUGUCGGAGAAAUCCGAAGCGGAUCCUCCUCCUUCUCCGGUUCCGGUUUCGGGACUGAACAGAGAGGCUAGGGUUUUGAGAUACAGAGAGAAGAGGAAGAACAGGAAUUUUGAGAAAACCAUUAGAUACGCGUCCAGAAAGGCAUAUGCGGAGACGCGGCCGAGAAUCAAAGGCAGGUUCGCCAAAAGGUCCGAUCGACUCCCCACUUUUUAA